AUGUUGCCACUGAUGCUUUAUGAGGUGGCAACAACAGUGGUGGAAGGACUGGAGAGAACCAUUAGUAGGCAUUUGCGAAAGUGGCUUGGCGUACCACCCAGCUUCAGCAACAUUGGACUCUAUGGACGAUCAAAUCAACUACAGCUCCCAUUGAGUUCGUUGGUGGAGGAGUACAAGGUGGCAAAGGCCAGACUUGUCAUGACGCUGAAGGAUUCAAGGGAUGACAUGGUCCGAAGAGCAGGUGUUGAGACCAGGACGGGAAGAAAGUGGUCCGCUAGCCAGGCUGUAGCGCAAGCCGAGAGCCGCCUGCGACACAAAGACAUUGUGGGAACAACGGCAGUGGGAACACAAGGUCUGGGCUCUGCGGAGACGAGGAGUUGGAAGAAGGCGGACAGUAGGACAAGGAGGGAGAUGGUCCAGGCAGAGGUACGUCUGGCCGAAGAAGAAGAUCGAGGCAUAAGGGCAGUGGCAAUGGGGUGCCAGGGUGCUUGGACAAAGUGGCAGACUACAGGAAAGAAGAUGACAUGGGCGGAUAUCUGGCGUAGCGAACCUCUGCGCAUCAGUUUCCUGCUCAGGUCAGUCUACGACCUGCUACCUUCACCAGCAAACCUGCACAGAUGGGGAAAACGUGACGACCCAACCUGCCCACUUUGCGGAAAGAUAGGCACGCUAGAACAUACACUAUCAUCUUGCCAGACAGCCAUUACACAAGGAAGAUACAGGUGGAGACACGACAAGGUCCUCCAAGAACUGGCAAACAUAGUGGAAAGGGAGAGGCGAAAGAAGAGGACUGUGAAAGAGACCAGAAAGAUGCAGUUUGUAAAGGAAGGGGAAACCAUCAAGAAGCAGCAGGCGCAAGCAGCAUCGAUCCUAGAUCGUGCGCAGUCAUGGGAGAUGGCUGUUGACCUGAAACGCAGGCUGGUUUUCCCAAGUGUGGUCCAGACAACACAACGCCCCGACAUGGUGAUCUGGUCGGCAAAGGACAUGUGUCUGGUGAUGGUUGAACUCACAGUUCCUUGGGAGUCGCGCUGUGAUGAGGCGAUGGAGAGGAAACAGCAAAAUAUGCUGAUCUGCAGAGGGAAUGCAAGGAGAAGGGGUGGCACACGUGGCUAUUCCCAGUGGAGGUCGGCGUCCGAGGCUUUCCGUCAAAGUCUCUCUGGAGACUUUUCACUGCACUUGGCCUGA